UGAUAUAGUGGAAAGUAUAGUUAGCCGCAAGACAUUGUGGAUAGAUAUUUAAGCUCUCUUAGUAUUUUAUGGUUUAUUUGAGAAAGUUGCAUUCCCAGAGGUAGUGAAGUUUGUGUCAAAAAAAAAAAAAUGGUGACUAUGGACAGUAGUGUGAAUAGGCUUUUGUGCGGAAUAGUAUUAUUUUUAUGUGUGAAAUACAGUGAUGCCUACGGUAAUUCCACGAUAGAGGAUGAGCCGGUUGUUUGCCAAGAUGGCUUCUUAUUGCCGGCUUGGCGUCCCCUAGAGAAUCUGUCCACGGGCGACCGGGUAGCACGUGGCUUUGUCUAUUUGCUUAUAUUAGUGUACAUGUUCAUAGCCGUAUCUAUUCUGUGUGAUCGUUUUAUGGGCGCGAUCGAAGUGAUAACCUCAAAAGAGAAAGAAGUCAAAAUUAAGAUGAAAUCUGGCGAAACGCACAUUGUUGUGGUCCGCGUUUGGAACACGACUGUUGCCAAUUUAUCCCUGAUGGCACUGGGCACCAGCGCUCCGGAGAUUUUACUGUCAGUCAUCGAGAUAUUUGCGAAAAACUUCGAGGCCGGCGAACUAGGUCCUGGUACAAUUGUGGGGUCGGCAGCCUACAACUUAUUCAUUAUAAUGGCAAUCAGCAUUAUGUCCGUUCCGAUGGGCGAAGUCAGAAAAAUUAAACAUUUAAGAGUGUUUAUUGUCACAGCUAUUUGGUCCAUAUUCGCAUAUGUUUGGCUAUUUAUGAUCCUGUCAGUGAUUUCGCCAGGCCGAGUGGAAGCUUGGGAAGGGUUUUUGACCUUUCUAUUCUUUCCGUUGACAGUACUGACCGCUUACAUAGCAGAUAAAAGAUUACUUUUCUAUAAAUAUCUCGAUAAAAAUUAUCGCAUGAACAAGCACGGUAUGAUUGUCCAAACCGAAGGUGGUCGUAAUGCUGAGUUAGCCAAUGGCAAUUUGAAAGGUCUUGAGGAAGAUUUCGACCCAUUUAUGAAUGAGGAAGUUCGGGAUUUUGAGCAAACUCGCUACGAGUACAUAUCAACUUUAAAGGAUCUACGAAAAAAAUAUCCGCAGGCUACACUCGAGCAACUUGAACAAAUGACUCAUGAACGACUCCUGAAUAAAAUACCAAAGUCUCGAGCUUUUUAUCGGAUCCAAGCUACUCGAAAACUAUUCGGUAGUUCCAGCAUGAAGAGAAGGAUACAUAAUCGAGCUCAGCAGGACAUGAACCUCAUAAAAUCAGAAAUGGAACCUCGUCGUGUAAACUCAAUUUUUGACAACCCCACCAUAUGUAGAGUCUACUUCCACCCUGGAUAUUACACAGUAAUGGAGAGUUGUGGAACUCUAGAAAUAUCAGUGGCUCGAAGCGGAGAUCUUACUCAGUACGUAACUGUUGAGUAUGAAACGGAAGAUGGAUCAGCUGAAGCCGGACCGGAUUAUACCAAGAAAAAGGGGGUACUAUCCUUCUUCCCUGGCAUGGAUGUGUGUAAACUAAAAAUUGAAAUUAUCGAUGAUGAUAUUUUCGAGCCUGAUAAGCAUUUCUACGUUCGAUUGAAAAACAUAUCUGACAAUGCUGUACUGGAUACACCAAACAUAGCAACGGUGAUGAUUUUAGAUGAUGAUCAUACCGGCAUAUUUGCAUUUAAUAUGCGUGACCAUGAACUUUCGGAAUCAGUGGGAACAUACGAUUUGGUAGUUCAACGCUAUUCGGGGACACGUGGAAAAGUGAAAUUACCUUACUGGACCGAGGAUGGUACUGCAAAAGCUGGAAGGGACUAUAUAGUCAACAGGGGAGAGCUGCUUUUCGACAACAAUGAAUUUGAGUAA